AUGGUCAACUCGCAAAUUAUGUCUGACAUUCGAUCUCGAGAUUCGGCUGCUGCUAGCAAGGAGAAAAAGAGGACCCGAGUCCAGUUGUCGUGCACGGCAUGCCGAAGCCGAAAGUUGAAAUGCUGUCGGACGCACCCUUGCACUAAUUGCAAGAAACGAGGCGAACCCCAUGCGUGCACCUUUAUCGGGCGCGGUCCUCGAGGGAGAGCGUUGAGCGGUCAUACGAGUCCAACUCAAGUUCAAGACCGUUUACAGCAUUUGGAAAACCUUAUCCUGUCUCUGACGCAAAAGAAAAAACAGGAAAAUAAUCAUAGCUCAGAGGAUGCUGAGCUCCUGGUAGAUCAGGAGAACGGUAGUUCCCAGGAUGGCAACCAGGCCAUGCUGGAGACGCCCGUGUCGCAUGAGAGUUUGGAAACGAAGAACUCACCUAGUGGUGCGUCUAGUAAGCUUCUUGUCAAAGAUACGGGCACGAGCUAUAUUGACGGGGCGCACUGGAGUGCCAUACUUGAGGAAAUCAACGGGGUCAAAGAAUAUCUCCAAGGAAGUGACGAUGAAUCUGACGAAGAGGACGAAGAAGACUCCUUUGAUAUGGCCUCGCCGACUCUACUGUUUGGACUGAACAAGCCCGCAAGCAAGGAAGAGCUGCUCGCAGAUAUUCCAUCGCGACCAGUAGCCGACCGGCUGAUCUCUCAGUUCUUCACUAGCAAGGAGCCUUUUAUAGUCGUUUUUCAUAUCAUCACUUUUCAAAGAGAGUAUAAUGCAUUCUGGCAAAAGCCAGAAAGUGUUUCAUUACCAUGGCUCGGUUUACUCUACGGUAUUCUAACCUUGUCGGUUUCCAUCCAUCAGCGUCUUCAAGAGCCGCUACCUAGCCCUCUCGAAGGCCCGAUGGAAACACUUGCUACGUUUCGCAAACGAACUGCGCAGUGUCUAGCUCAGUCGAACUAUACCAAGCCCGGGCGCUACAAGGUCGAAGCGCUGUUUACAUGUACGAUGGGAGAAUUUUACCGCACCUACGACGCCCAGGUGGGCGUCUCAUUCAUGCUCGGGAUCACGAUCAGAUUGGCCAUGCGCAUGGGAUACCAUCGAGACCCACAGCACUUUCCCAGUAUUUCCCCUUUCGAGGGGGAACUCAGACGGCGGGUAUGGUCGAUUCUGUGUCAACUGGACAGCCUCAUUUCGUUUCAAGUAGGCGUGCCUCGAACAAUCCAAGACUGGCAGCACGACGUUGAACCGCCACGAAACCUCUCGGAUGAAGACAUCUACGAGGAUAUGGAGCAGCUGCCGCCGCCCAAACCGGACAACGAGGUGACGGCCACAUCGUAUACUCGAGUGAAAUCGAGGAUCAUGUCGGUAUUUGGGAAGAUCUCCGACCUGGCGUAUUCCCGAGAACCAGUCACCUACGAGCAGACUCUCGAGAUUGACCGACGUCUCGAAGAAGCGCACAACAUGAUCACACCGGCUUUCAAAUUGCGCCCCCUCGACCAGUCAAUCGCCGACCCGGCGGAGAUGAUCCUCCGACGGUAUACCUUAGAGCUACUCUACCAGAAGGCGCGAUGCGUGUUGCAUCGGAGGUAUUUAGGCGAAAUUCACACCGAUCUUCGGUAUGCGUACUCUCGAUGGGCCUGCAUGAGUGCGUCGAAGGAGAUCCUUCGACACCAGGCAGAUCUGUACCACGAGACCCAGCCCGGGGGGAUCUUGUAUCGGGACAGGCAGUUUCCUAAUUCUCUGCAAUAUGCGGACUACUUGCUCGCUGCGAUGAUCAUCUGCUUGGAACUCUCCUCCAACCAAAUCACGGGGCCGCAACUGAGCCAUGCAAAUAACGAUGUCACAGUGGUUAUCAAGGGCCGAGAAGACCUCCUCGCAUCGCUCGAGAUGUCUCAUAGCAUCUUGGAAAAGUCCCUGCAGCAGUCAGCAGAUGCACAGAAGGCGCACACUGCUCUGACAAUGAUGCUGCGUAGGGUAAAGAAGGAGAACCAGCUUCUCUCUCUGCAAAGAGGACCCCAGCUCCACGGCAUGGCAAGCGAGCCAACUCCCGGAGCAACAUCCAGUAAGAACUCUUCCUUCUCAGAAUUGAAAUCUCAGGAAGAGGACAUUAACAAUCUCUCAGCUCAACUUCCACCAUAUGGAAGCUGGCAAGAUAUACGGAAUCCGCCUGAUGCUCUUGGUCUGGACGCCGACGCGAUGGCCGACGCAACAAGCAUCAUGCAACCGCCUUUAGUUUCAUUGGAUGUUAUUGAAGACAUGCUUGACGCACCGACAAACCUUGACUGGGGUCUUUGGGACCAGCAGAUACAAGGUCUAGAGGACCGGGGACUGAGUUUCUGGAAUGACCCGGGGGAGAUAGAUAAAAUGCUUGAAAAUGUGUAG